AUGACCAUCCGCCCGGCAACACCGGCCGAUGAGCCUGCCAUGGCAUCUCUCCUGGCCAAAGCAUUCUUUGAUGAAUCGCUUUUUGGCCAGACCCUGCAUCCUCACCGUAAUCAGUACCCAGACGAUGUCAAGAUAUUCUGGUCCGAGUACCUGCGGGAGCACUGGAAGACACCCAGCGAAAUACUUUUUGUUGCAACAACGACGGUAGAUGGGAAAGAAAAAAUUGCUGGCGCAGCUAUCUGGAAUAGACAGGGUGAUGACGAGGGAAAGCGCAAGGUGGAGAGCGAGUGGGUUGAUGUCGGACCGGAUGCGUUCCAGCCUCUCCCCUCAACAACAAAUCGCGCUCUUGAUCCCACCAAUCGCAACAUCUUGGAGGAAACUAUGCCCUACUUCAAGCACCACUGGGAUGGCGACCGCAGAAACAACUGGUAUCUCGACAUCCUCGGUGUUCAUCCAGACUAUGCUGGCAAAUCGCUCGGGCGAGAACUGGUCAGCUGGGGGCUGGACCGCGCAAGAGAAGAAGACCUCCAUGCAAGUGUCGUGGCUAGCAAAGGGAACGAGCGCUUCUACCUACGCUGUGGAUAUGAUGAGAUAAUCGGAAACUGCACAGAAGGAGAGGGCAACCCGCUCAAGAAUGCCGGAGUUGAAGGUGGAGAUAUUCUCUUCAUGUUUCCGAAGCAGAAGCAGGAACAUGCUGCCUCGUAA